GACCAGAACGCACACACAUGUUUUCAACAAAAACAAAGUUUCAGUUAUUGACCAUGUACGUAACCUACAUUCUAAAAAAUACUGGGUUAUUUUUUUUCUACCUAAAUGCUUUUGGGUCAUUUAAUUGGGUUGUUUUCUCAGUUUUGGCUUGAUUUGUGUAACCCAACCACUGGGUUAUUGGAUGGGUCAUUUUCACUGACAGUUGAUCAAUGCACCCCUCCACCACCUCGGCGCCUCAGCCCAGCUCCUUGGGUCAAAUCAACUCAGCAUGGACUGUUUAAAUUCCCCUCAGGUGGAGGUAGCAGUUUUCACAUGGACAGACUGUUAGAUUUAUUUGGAGAAACAAGGUUCGUAUCAGUAUAUUUAUCCACAAAACCCUUACUGUACACUAGAAAAAGCAAAAAUGUGCAUUAACAGUCCAGAUUACAUGACAUAAAAUGCACCUCUAUCUUUAUCUAUCUAUAUCUAUAUUUGAAAUAUUCAAAGGGUAAAAAUAUCCCUGAAAAUAUUAACCCAUUUAUGAAAUAAAAUGAACCCAGCGUUUCUGUAAAAAAAAAAAUUUUAAAUGAAAGCAUCCUUUUGGUUGAAAAAGAACCCAUUUGCUGGGUUAAAAUGAACAACUCAACUUGAUGGGUUAGUUUAGCCCAAAAUGUGUUCUGUCCUAUAUUUCCCCAAGCCCUUGGGCUAAAAAUAACCCAAUUUGGGUUGAGUGCAAUAGCUCCUGUAUUUUAGUUUUUAAAAUCAACUACUGUUCAAGCUCCUGAAAGGCAUAGUUCUAGUUGAGAACAUUUUGAAACUUAGAUUUAGAAACGGCAGGAAGUAUUUUUGCAAUUUUUAAAUGGCCUUUGAUCUACUGUUUUCAUGCAUUUUUCCUACAAAUGUGGAACUUCAAGUCCCGUGCCAGUGACGUACAGAAACAAGAAGUGAAAGAGACAUGGAUUAAUAAUGGAAAAAACCAUGUAACUAUUUUGCAAUGAAAGUGGAAAGGUUAAUACUUGUGUAGUGGCCUUUUAACAUGGGGACAUUUGAACACUUUAUACUACGUAUAGAUCUGAAAACUACAUGCUUUCCUGAAACGAAAUGUUGAUCUUUCACUCAUAUCUCAACUGCGGAAAAAAAGCAUUAUAUAGCAUUUUAAUUCCAUUUAAAAUUUAUUCAAACUCGAGAGACCAAAAACAAUCCCAUGGUUAAAGUCAGAGAUCACGUUUUUUCCCCUUUCUGAUGUUUGAAGAUGAACAGAAGCUCUUGUCCUGUAUCUGCAUGAUUCUAUGCAUUGUGCUUCUGCCACAUGAUUGGAUUACUGAAUAAUUGCAUGAAUGAGCAGGUGCACAGAUGUUCCUAUUAAAGUGGCCCUUGGGUGUAUAGAUAUAAAAGCUUUGCAGGUAUAAAAUGCAAUUCUGAGGCAUGGCUUUGUGUCUGUGUUUAAUUCCUGUUUCUUUAGUUUCUUGGUUAGACAGAUACGUGUUUUUGCUUAGCUCAUUACUUUCUAGGCCAUUGUUUUCUUUUUUUAAGAAACGCUGACGUCCCUGAGUUCUUGGCAUACUUCAAGAGAAUGGGAUAAAAUAUCACACUUCACGUACAUAUUACAGACAACAGUUCAUAUUUCCGUAUCAUAUUUCUGACACGGCUGAAAAAUCAAACAGCUGGAGCUUUUUUUUUUUUAAUUGCUCCAAGACUCCAAGACCAUUUUAUUGACCAUUUUCUCAUUCUCUUCAGUAUAAGUAUGUGGCCAUCAGCAUGGGAGAAAACCAAAGAGGUCUGAACACAAAGAGGAAAAAAUCCAAGAUGGUUGACAUGUCAACUAAUGAAUAUGAAAAUACAUUUGCAGUUGAUCACAUUUUUAAACACAACCAUGACCGUAAUAAAACAGUUGAAAAUUUUGAGUUGGAGCUACAUUUGCAGACAGUUUUAUAGUAAUUAAAAAAACAUUUUAUGGUUGAAAAAACAUUGUGGUGAAAAUAAGCCUAUGGCAAGUUUCCAUGUGUUUAAACUCAGUUUAUAUAUUUAUAUAAGCUGAUUGGUUUAGUGGUUAGCACGUUUGCCUCGCACACCCGGGGUUGGGGGUUCGAUUUCCUCCUCUGCGCACCACGGGUGCGUUUGCAUGUUCUCCCUGUGCUUCGGGGGUUUCCUCCAAGUACUCCGGUUUCAUCCAUCAGUCCAAGGACAUGCGUUGUAGUUUGAUUGGCAUUUCCAAAUUGUGUGUGUCUGUGAUUGUCCCCUGUGAUGGGUUGACACUCCGUCCAGGGUGUCCCCCGCCUCAUGCUCUGAAUCCCCUGGGAUAGGCAACCUUGUAUAGGAUUAGCAGUACAGAAGAUGGAUGGAUUUAUGGAUAUUUGCUGAUUUUUAUCAAGAGCUUUAAUACUUCUGGAUUUCACUAUAAAUAGAAUUUGAGUUAAAAACUCAUAACCCAGUGGGAAAAACCUAUUGCAAAAUAGAGAAACAUUUCUUAUGUAACUCGAUUGACAGAAUGUCGAUCUUAAAUAUAUCUAUAGAAUGUUUUGAAAUUGUGUGAAAAAUAUUUCAUGACCAUUAUAGAACUGUUCCAACAUCUUUAUUGUCAAUCCACUAUUAUAGUGGUACACCUUACUUAAAUAUGUUUAGUCUCUUCAGAGUUCACACAUUAAUUAACUGCAUCUAGACAGAAUAAUGAUGACUUGUACCUGAUACCUUAGGGCCAUGGUCUCUAAGUAGGGUCCUGGGAGUCCAAGGGUGUCAUAUCACAGCAAACCAGUGAGUACAUUUCCCAUCCUGCACUGUGGCCUACAAACAUGACCGCCAUGGACUGCAAUUCCCAGGACACUCACCUUCAUUCUAAUCACAUACACCUGCAUCCUAUUCACAGCACUCACAACCACAGUAUAAAGAGACGGUUUGUACACAAUAGCUUUGCGAAGUAUUACGCUCAGUUGCUUAGUCUCUGUUGUAUUUCCAAGCCUUUUAUUGUGUUUGCUUUUCUGGUUAUUGACUUUGUUUACUCUGUUGACCUUGAUUCUCUGCCCUGCCUAGUUUAGCCUGUUUGCCUGAUCGUUUGACCCUAGCCUGCCAUACCUGCAGUUUCUUCUGUCCUGCGCCUACAUCAUGUGACAAAGGGGUCAGUGAAAGAGUGGAUUAUUGUUUAUCUGGAGGACUGAAACAGUUAUUUCUAAAAUUAUGAAUAAACCUAAUGUGGCAUAAGAAUAGCAGAAUAAUGCUCAGAGAUGAGCUUAUCAUUCAGUUCAUCUCUGACUAAUCACCGGAACUGAACAGGUUUCAUCCUAAUCUCAGUAACUCAAAAACAAGUAGUCGUAUAAAUAAUAUCAAGUGGAAGGGACAGUUUUAAUCAUUUUAUGUUUAAAUUGUGGAAUUUGAGUAAUGUAAUUCACAUGAAAUGUGAAAAUUAUUUCAAUUUAAAUUCACAUUUUUAAAAGUGUGAUAUGAGUGGAAAUAAUUCAGGAAUAAAAUCUCCAAUCCACAGUGUUGAAUUAACACCUACAGGGUUUAUAAAUGUCCAGUUAGACACAAAUGAACUCUGAAAGAGUUCAUUCAAUACUCUAGUUCAUUCAAUAAUUCAGCACUGGGAAUUUUGCUGCACAUCAAAGUGUGAGAACUUAGGUGGUUAUAGUUGUAACUGCUAGGUCGGUUCAUUUUAAAAUGGGGAACUUAAAUGUAGAGGAAAGACGUCAAAAUGUACCGAAAUAGCACAGCUUGAGGUUUUGUAUCAAUGAAAGCUCAAGGUGUAGACUAAAUAGUAUCGUAGGUAAAUAAGCUCUUUCAUGUCAGAUGGCAUUUAAAGUACUUAUUUAACACAGUUAAAACUCCAGUGCUUUACAUUUCAACCGUUUCAAAACAUUUAUCUCAGCAUUCAGGAAAGUAUCAGGAAAGAAAUAUGUGACACAUCGAGUAGGACGGGUUGUAUUGUGUGUGUGUGUGUGUGAGUGAGAGACAGAAAGAGAGAGAGAGAGAGAGCUCAGACAGAACGAUGUGUAGAGGAGAGAAGCUCAGUGCACAGGUGUGAGUGUGGAAAUAGUAUGAUUGUUCAAAUUAGUUGGCAGGUUGUGAUUUUCUCGCUCAAAUCAUAACUCCCACAGUGACUCUCAUGGAUAUGGCUGUCAUCCUCUGUUUACUGUUACAUUACUACUUGUUUUCGGUUACAUUUUUGGCCACGACAGCGCAGCUGACCCCGAUUAAAGAGGACAUUUUGGACUCGACCUCAGACAGAGAUCUGCAAUGGCUAUCCGAUCCACCUGAAGCUUUUCAAAAGAUAAAGUUAAAGCUGGGGCUGACCUCAGCCCACCUUGUCUACCAAGGCUGUAAUUCAAAUUUGAAAAACAGACUAAAAACAUUGUGGACUACAUGGAUGGCGAAGAAGGAUGCCCAUGAGCUUCAGCUGGACCUGCUUUUUGCUCAAAAUGACAAAACACCUGUCAUAAUCCAGUUACUGGAAUCUGAUGGACCAGUGGAACGUCCUCAGACUCGACAAAAACAACAACAGAUUGUAGCUCCACAGGAAUUUACUCAGCCUAAAAGCCCUCAGGAUGUGGAGAGACACCUGUAUCACGCGCAGGGUCUAGACUUGGGGAAGAUCAAAAGAAAUGGCUUUCAUUUGGGUUUCUCCUACAGCGGAUCAUGCAUAUUUAUUUCGUCUGUACGGGUCUUCUACAUGAAAUGUCCCGGGAUGACAGUGAACCAGACUAGUUUUGGAGGAGCAUCAGCAGGGUCAGGAUGGAUCAGAGGCCAGUGUGUGGAUGGAGCUGAAGAAAAGUCUACCCCAAUGAUUGAGUGCGAGUCUAAUGGACAGUGGGGUGUAAUGCAAGGAUUCUGUGUCUGUGGAGCUGGUUAUGAAGCAGAGGGGAACAUGUGUAAAGCUUGUGGUCUGGGCAGCUACAAAGCUGCCAACGAAAGUGGUGAAUGUCAGCUUUGCCCGUCCAAUAGUAGAACAUCCUCGGAAGGUGCUUCAAACUGUGACUGUGAAGAAGGAUAUGCCCGACUGCAGAAUGACCCACCACACCUAGGCUGUACAAGAUCUCCAUCAGCACCGCUCAACUUAACUAUACAUCACUUGAGUAGCACAGACCUGAUUGUGAACUGGGCCACGCCUGCAGAUCUUGGUGGAAGAGAGGAAGUGAUGUAUGAUGUAGAGUGUAGACAAAAGACAGAAGGAUCUCUUGCUCCAUGGAUUCCAUGUGACAAUACCAUGGUAAUAACUCCACAGUCCACAGGGCUGACUGAAACAGUGGCCACCAUUACUGGAUUACAAGCACAUGUGAGCUACCAGCUUUCUGUCAGAGCAUACAACAGAAUAUCUCAGAAACUGGGCACAUCUGGGUCUUCACAGUCCAUUACUAUAUUGAAGACUCCAGUAGUAAUCACAGCUGUUCCAGUACCAACACCUGCUGCCAGGCAACAGCUCAAAACUCCAGUGAUUGGCGGCGUGCUGUGUGGAAUACUGCUACUCCUGGCGCUGAUAUCAGCUGCGUUCUGCCUUGUACGCAGAGGUCAUAGUAAAUUCAGGGAAGAUCAAGAAGUGGAGCUUAUGCCUUUACAGGGUGUUGGUAGAGUGUACAGACCCCCUGAAGAACCACAAACUACAUCUCUUCAACAAACUGCCAGUUCUGUCCCGUUUUUGGACAGUGUGAAUGAAAGCCUGCUGUCUGGUAUUAAAGACGUGUUGGUAGAUCGCAACCGAGUCACGCUGGGCAAAGAGCUCGGGAAAGGAGAAUUUGGGGCAGUCUAUGAGGGCAUGUUCUUAUUAGAAGACAAUGAGAACAUCCAAGUGGCAGUGAAGACCAUGAGAGUUGGAAUUAACAGCCAGGACGAUCUGGAGUCAUUUCUUAAGGAAGCUGAAAUCAUGCAGCACUUUGACCAUGAUAACAUAGUGAAACUUCUAGGUGUCACUCUGGAGACGGUAGAGAACUCUUCCAUCCCCGUUCCACUAGUCAUCCUACCAUUCUUGAAACAUGGAGACCUCAGACGAUUUCUUAUAGCUACCCGCUAUGGUGACAUUCCUAUGUUCGUGCCUCAUCAGAGCCUGCUACGCUUUAUGAUUGACAUUGCCUCAGGCAUGGAGUAUCUCAGCUGCAAGGGCUUUUUGCAUAGAGAUUUGGCAGCACGCAACUGCAUGUUGGGAGAUGAUCUGUGUGUACGUGUGGCUGACUUCGGCCUUUCCAAACAGAUCUUCAGCAGUAACUAUUACAGACAGAAGGUUGCUAUACGAAUGCCAAUCAAGUGGAUGGCCAUAGAAAGCCUUUCUGAAUCCAUCUACACCAGCAAGAGUGAUGUGUGGUCCUUUGGAGUGACCAUGUGGGAGAUUGUGUCCAGAGGAAAGACUCCAUAUCCUGGCAUCCCCAACCAUGAGCUUUUAGAACUGCUUGAAAAUGGGCAUCGCCUCAAACAGGGGGACUGUGACAGUAAACUAUAUGAGGUGAUGCUGAGCUGCUGGCACAAAGAGCCCUCACAGCGGCCUUGUUUUGCAGAGCUGGCUCAGAGACUUAAAGCUCUACUGUGUGAGCUUCCGCCCUUGGAGCCCAGUAAAGAGAGCUACUACAUCAACCAGGGCCUGGAGGCAGCCAACGCCACCCAGAGCAGUGCUGCAGAGCCUGACCCUGAGGGAGCUGUAGGAAACAUUUACUUUCCCUCGCCAGAGGCCAGAACAGACUGCGCUAAAAGGAAAGAGGAGGUGAAGGAAGACGAAGAGGAAGGAUAUCUGCUCUGCAAUAAACGUGCCAUGUAGACUGUCAAAAAUGGAGGCCCAAAUUCUUGAUGUAAUUUGCAUAUAUAUAUAUAUUUUUUAAAAAAUAAAAAAAAAAUUACUAAUUUUUUAAAAUAAAACAUCCAAUCCAGUGUGCACGCUUUCAAUUUAGUGCCUACGGUAUUCAUAAUUCAGACAUUAAAGUUCGGUCCAUGUUUCUAAACACGACACUUGUCAACACCAUAACACAUUUACUCUGUGAGAAUGUACAAUAAGUGCAUGCAGCAAAACUUGUGUUCAUU